AUGGCGGACCAGUGUGCCCUCCGUGUGAUGCGCGAACUGAGCCAGUUCGCUCGAAGUGAUGAUAUCUCUAUCGUCAUCUCUUACAAGGAGACCAACAUCCGUGAGAUCAACGCUCUCGUCAUUGGACCACCCGAUACCCCAUACGCCCUAGGCUUCUACCAAUUUUUGAUCACGAUCCCUCCUGACUAUCCCGAGAAACCGCCCAUUGUCCGCCUGCAGACAACUAACCGCGGACAAACCCGCUUUGGUCCAAACCUCUAUGCAGGUGGGAAGGUCUGCCUAUCAAUCCUGGGCACUUGGCGAGCUGAAUCCAACGAGCAAUGGACCCCCGUGUUGGGACUGGAAACGGUCCUGCGAUCCAUCCAGAGCCUUUUGGCGGCCAAGCCCUUCAACCUGGAACCAGGAUUUGAGGAUGAACCCGACAAUGCCCAGAGUCAGGGGUACAAUGCAAAGAUCAAACACGAGAGUCUCCGCCUGACAGUCAUCACGCCUCUUGAACAAGCAUAUGGAAUCAGACCCCCACGGCCCAGCGGGCGGCCAAAUGAGGAUCGGUACUACGAGCCCGGGCAUCCAGACCCCUCUCUGUUAGAUGAGCCCGUCAACUUAUUCCUCGAUACAUACAAGAGACGAUUCAUGUGGUAUCUGGAAUAUUACAAAAUGGCCAUCCAACAGGGCCUCAAGGAGGGAAGAGGGCGAGCCGGCCAUCCCUUCCCGCAGGCGCCAUUCGAGUACCCCGGCAAUUACAUGAUUGGUUCCUGGGACUACGAAGGCCUGGAAAAGCGUCUGGAGGUUCUCGAAUUGCGCAUCAAGGCAGAGACCAACUCAUGGGUAAUUGAAGGGCGUCGUAUGGAGCGUAAGAAAAUGCCACUCGCAGCAAGUCUUCGCGCACAGCGUGAUCAGAUCGUGCUCCAGGUUGCCCAGCGCACUGAUGGAAUGGUGACCCUCGAGCUUGUGGACGACAACCCGUUUCUGUGGCGUCUCAUCUACCAUGGGCGUCCAAUGACCCAGUUUGACGGCGGUGUUUUGAAGAUCAAAAUCUUCAUCAGCCCAAAUCACCCCGCCGAACAGCCACGAGUCUUACUCGAGACUCCGCUGUAUCAUGUUCGUGUCUCGCCACAGAACGUGCUCAUCUACCUUCCCCUCCAGGCAGAUGAGAUGAGCCGUCACAUUGAUGGCAUAAUCAGCUCCUUGGAGGAAGAAAAGCCGCCCGUCAACCCAAUGAUGACGGUGAACCCCGAGGCAAGCGCACUUUGCUGGGGGUCUGAAGCGGACCAGCGACAGUAUCGUCGCAAUCUCCGCCGCUCAGUUGCGGCCACUCUUGAGAACGUUUGA